AUGUCUGCCGUGUAUACCACCGUGGGAUGGAGCCCAAUUAUUGCCCUGGAGCGGGCGCUGAGCGGGGGCCCGGUGCGGCCCCUCCUCACGCCGGCCGAGGCGGGCCUCAGCGGGCUCUGCGAGGCCUGGGGCGGGCGGAGGGUGGUGGCCGCCGUCCUCUUCGCCGCCCCUCCGCCGCUGGCCCUCGUACCUGCCUUCCUAGCCCUCCCCACCCUCUGGAUUGGCGGCCACCUCUACCUUCAAGAGGAACUUGGUGCUAGCGUUGUGCGGCUGGGGCCCGGAGUGCCUCAGGGUACGAGAGCUUUGCGCGCCUUGCUCAUGUCCUGGCGCUGGCACAGCUACAACCUGCUCUGGGCAGGGCCCCCGCUGCCAGGGAUGCGCCACCUCUCUCGGCUCCCCCUCACCCCCACUGUAUACUACCUCUCGUCUCCCUAUACCAGUCAACCAAUUUCCGUCUCCGAACACCCAAAUAGUCCUCCGCCUCAGAUUGUCCUACACAUCCUACAAUCAUCUGCUCCAAGGGAGUCCUUUAGUACUCUUGUCACCCAGUUUCCCAUAGAGUUUCCUCUUUGGCAUUAUUUGAUCGGACUUUCUCUCAAAACUUCCUAUCCUCCUUAUUCGGGCUUGUUCUAG